AUGACUGACCUCGCUCAGUUGUAUAAGCUAGGCAAGACGCUUGAAAAAAGUGGUGCUGAGCUAGAGGCAUGGGUUGAAGAAAAAUAUAGAGCUAUCACGGCUGAUAAAGAGCGGUUGGCCCAAAUAGACGCAGACAAGUGUAUUAGAAUUGAAAUGGAACGUGGAAAACUGGAGCUAGAAAAAGACAAAGAAAGGACAAAAGAAAAAUCAAGACUGGAAUUGGCAAAAAUAGACCUUGAGAAAGAAAAGGCUAGAAUAGAAAUGGAGAAAGAAAUUGAAUUAAAACGGUUAGAAAUCAACAAAAAAAGUACACAAGCAGAGCAGGUUGAAGCACCACCAACAACAACCAAUUCUUCCAGAAGCAUGCUAUAUAAAAUGCCUAAAUUUGAAGACAAAAAAGACGACAUAGAUGCUUUUAUUCGACGGUUCGAAACGAUCGCCAAGUCAGAAAACAUAGCCGACAAUAUGAUGAGCCAACACCUGCUCACCCUGGUUGGUGGAAGAGGACUCGACGCCUGCCACACCCUGACUGACGAGGAAAUAAAAGACUACAAGACAUUGAAAAAGACCCUACUAGAAUUCUACCACCUGACAGAAGAAACUUACCGACAAAAAUUCCACCAACUUCAACCUAACAAAAAUGAAGAUUUCAAAGUGUUUACUAAUGACUUAAAACUUACACUGGAAAAAUGGAUUGAGGCAGCAUCUAUUAACAAAACUUAUGAAGAUCUAUUCCAAUUCGUCCUGGUCGACAAAAUAUUAAAUUCAGUCCACAGUGACUUAUAUUCCUUUUUACAAGAAAGAAAACCUAGAGAUAUAAAGACUGUCACAGAAAUGACGCAGAAAUUCAUAGCGGCCCACCCGACAAAUCCAGUAUGUAAAAAGUACGACGAGACAGAAUUAACUUCAGUAUUCAUGACCCAUGUUGCCGACGGAAGCAGGGACAGAAGUAAAUACAAGAACCAUAUGCAGUUCAAACCCGACAGACAACAACAGAUGCAUCAGUCGGACAAACGAUGUUUUUAUUGCAACGGCCUUGGUCAUUAUAAAAAAGACUGCAGGAAGGCCAGAAGACCAAACUCGUUUCAACAUAAUAAUCAGUUCCGUGCACACAGUGCGAACGGUCGCUACUACAACAGAACAGAGCAUGUUCAUUUUAUGAGAACAAUAGGACACCAUAAACUGCCGAGCUUCCAAUGUAGGGUUAAUGGACAGGUGGUGAACGCAAUCAGGGACACAGGCUGCAGCACACUGGCCGUCAAAAGCAGUGUGGUACAUCCCAACCAGUAUACGGGUAAACAUAUACCUGUCCAGGGAUUUGAUGGUAAAAUUUCCCUUCACCCUACUGUACGGAUAGACGUUCACACACCAUAUAUAUCAGGUAGAUAUGCCGCUGUUGUUUUUAAUAAAGGACCAUACGACCUGAUCAUCGGCAAUGUGAUUGACAAUCAGACGCUACCUCAAGGUGACAUAGAUAAGUGGCUGCAAACGGAAAUAGUUCAGUUGGUAGAAACGAGGGCCCAAACUGCUGCUAAAGUUAUAGAAGAAAGUAACAACAUACAAAAACCCUGCAAAGAAGAAGAUGCUGAAUUACCUGCAACAGUUGUAGACAAUGAAAAAUGUAUUGAAAAUAAAAAUGGUAUCCACUUAGAGAGCGAAAUACACGAAAAAGAGGUGCCUAUUAAUGAAAUACAAGCAGGAAUUACUGAAUAUCUUGGGGAACAUGAAGGUUUUAGUGCUGUUAUAAACCAAAGGUACUCUGAUUUCAUUGUGAAUGAAGUUGAUUUAGAUGGAAAUGAGGUGCAUUUAACACAAAUGACAUGUCCUGUUGAGGAGACAGAUGAAGAUAAAAAAGCUGAAGAUAAUAAUGACAAGAUUGUGUUGGAGAAACCAGAUGUGAUUAGUGAUGAAGAUCUCUCCAAGAUUGAUAACCUUGUUAAAACAGGACUAUCAUUUCACAGUUGUUCCCAUCCCGGGAAAACAGAACCGACUGGCUGACAUAUUGUCAAGAAACUAAAUAUAGCUUACACAGUCACAGGCAGAGAGCUGCUCCUGCACUACAGAUAUGUGACACGCAAUACAACACACAUGUCUUUUCUUUGUGUGUAGUAGAUCUCUUUCUAUUUUAAUGCUAGUCGUGUGUAGUUAAUGAUUUAGUAAUGUAGUUGGUAUUUUGUUGAUAAUUAUAAUAAUGUAGUUACUAUUAUUAUUAUGUAGUGUGUCGUGGACAAAUAACCAGCAUAUCAAAAUUUGGUGGGUUUUUCUUUAAAAGAGGAAGGUUAUUUGUCCGACGGGCACAAAAACGCUUAGCUGGCAUAUGUUUAAGACGACAUGUCCGCUCAUAUUUUCUCAGAAUCUGACGUCAUCUUCGUGAAUGCUACGCACUGAUGCCCAGCUUAAAUGCAGCGGUCAAACGACGAGUACAUCAUGAACGUGAACAUAUGAAACACAUCGUCAAGGACACGUCCGCAGGAUCACGACAAGUAAAACAUCUAGAGGAACCAAAUUAAUGUGAGAUGGGUCAUCCUAACCAGAUUACUGAAGCCUUACGCAUGGUCGCGGUCAAUUUCCGACCAAGUCGUAACGGCAAGAAGGGUCACCAUAACCAACUAACAAAAGCCUUACGCACGGUCGCGGUCAAUUUUCGAUCAAGUCGUAACGGCAACUUCAGCUUAUAAAUAUUUGUUUUUCAGUCACAGUGUUGCCAAGUUUUGUGUUUAUAAAGCUCAAGGGAACAUUUAGACGUCAAGUAUAACAGGGAAAACUGUCUAUACAGAUGAUAAACGUUUGUGGAACUGUCUCUACCGAAGAUAAAGAUUCAUUGAGUGACGUAUAUUUUGUAAAUUUGUCUACACAGAUGAUAAACUUUUGUGGAACUGUCUCUACCGAAGAUAAAGAUUCAUUGAGUGACGUAUAUUUUGUAAAUUUGUCUACACAGAUGAUAAACUUCUCUACUGGCAGUUCAAGAUGCGGCAUGACAUUGUUGUCGUUUGUUUUUUUGAAAAUGUUAAUGCUGGAAUUGUUGUUAUUGAAAUACUAAUGUAAUUCAGUCAUUGAUGACGCUAUGACUAUGUAUUUAUACGAUGAUUGACUAAGAAGACAGAAAAAAAAACUAAUAGUAUUAGUUUUUUUUAAUUGUAGGGGGGGAGGAGAUGUCAUAGCGUAGAUAUAAAGAAUUAGACGACUAGUAGAGGUUACAAAGGACGGUGCGAACUUGACUGUAGACGAUUUGGUGCAAGAGUAUUGUGCGCAUGUUGAAUACAAUAUUUGUGGCGCGAAUGUGACGUGAGCAUGACACGACAAUGUACCAAUGACGUAGACCGCGGCAGUAACGUGAGUUGGGGGUUAGUAAUGGUAGGAGACGGAGGUAUUCUUUGAUAUUGUGCAAAUAAGUGUGUAUUAAUAAAGUUAGUGUUCUUUUCAUAAACGAAAUGGUUGACUUUUGUUAAUUAGUGUCUGCGGAACAUAAGAGUGAUUCCCGUCCUACUCACAAGUAUAAUAGUUGUCGUAUGAAUAGUAGCAGAUCAGA